AUGGAGUGGUGGAAGACAGCAGUCGCCUUCUUUUAUGCUGGUUUUAACUUGGUCCUGACCACAGUUGUCAUCACUGUCGUCCACGAGAGAGUCCCACCCAAAGAAAGUAGCCCGCCUCUUCCUGAUAAGUUUUUUGACUAUAUUGACAGGGUUAACUGGGCAUUUACAGUGACAGAGAUCAAUGGCAUGGUGCUGCUGGCCAUUUGGUUGAUCCAGUUGUUCUUCUUCAGAUACAAGUCAAUAGCAAGCAGACGGUUCUUCUUCCUCAUUGGCACCCUGUACUUGUAUCGCUGUGUCACUAUGUACAUCACCACCCUGCCUGUACCUGGCAUGCAUAUGACCUGUGCUCCUAAGCUCCAUGGAGAUUCUCAGGCAAAAAUCCAGAGAAUUCUGCGACUGGUCUCAGGUGGGGGUCUGUCCAUUACAAGCUCCCAUCUCUUGUGUGGAGACUUCCUCUACAGUGGGCAUACUGUGAUGCUCACUCUCACCUACCUGUUCAUCAAGGAGUACUCACCGCGGUCAUUUUGGUGGUACCAUCUGAUGUGCUGGGUGCUGAGUGCUGUGGGCGUGGUGUGCAUCUUGGUGGCACAUGAGCACUACAGUGUAGAUGUGGUUGUGGCCUAUUUUAUCACCUCCCGUCUGUUCUGGUGGUACCACACCAUGGCCAACUUACAGACUCUAAAAUGCUCGCCCAACAACUACCUCACCAACACCUGGUGGAACCCACUGUUCAACUUCUUGGAGAGGAAUGUCCAAACCUCAGUGCCAUGCUCUUACAGUUGGCCCAUCACCUGGCCCCCUGCCUGCCUUAAGAACCCCUGCAAGAAGUACUCCAUGGUACAGAGCACACGAGAGGAAUGACAUGACCCUGAUACCCCAGCAGUGUGGCCUGGUAAUCCGCUGAAGUCGUAUUUCUUCAUUCCAACAACAAAUGCAUAGCUAUGAAAGAAAUGUUUUUUUUCUGCAAAAAUGUGUCUAAAAGGUUAAUCAUAUUGUCUUUGUGUUUUCUUUGCCGAUGUAAUUUAUUUGCGAGAUACAGUCCUGCAAAGCUUUCAUUGAUACUUGCGUCAGCUCCUAGUGACUUUCAGACAUGAACGGACAGUUUUCUCCAAUUGAGCAUUUGCGAGACUUGAUUUUAGAUCUGCUGUAGCUCUUUCAUACAGUGUGUGUUGACGGGGUUUACCUCAAUAUGAUAUCAAUGUACUCAAGUCACAAGGUGCCUUAGUGUGUUUAACGUCAGUAGGUGUUCCAAAACUGCCAUUACAUGUUUUGGUGUAUUUGUUGUUUUUUCUAUGAGUUUAUUAUUAUUAUUAUUAUUAUUAUUUUAGUAGACUUGAGUGUGUAUAUCCUAGCUUUAGUCCCAACAUUGUACUAUUGUAUUAAAAUGAAACCAUAUAAAUGCUUGAGUGUGUUUUUUGAUAUAAUGAA